AUGCCCAUCCCCACCGCAGACCACUAUGACAAAGAGCAAUCCCAAAAUACUAGCUCAGCCGACCACGUCUCUCAUAACGCUUCCUCACAAGACUCCAGCGACCGCACCUUUACUGGGUCUGGUGACAGCGCGCUUGGGUCCUCAUCUUCACAAACUGAUCGCCCCUUGAGUGAGGAGGAGGCCGAUCGACUGUAUGAGGAACGCAUAGAGGAGGAGUAUGCUAAGAGAGAGGGUGGUGCUUAG